GGGCCUCAGACCAGUCAGUGUUGGCAUGGACGUCGGACAUGUGCGUCAUGGGGGUCGUGGAGGUUUCACUCUGUGUUUUUGUUGCACAUUUUGUUUGUGUUCUCUCAGUGGCAGGUGGCCACGAUGUCACGCCGUUCAACAGGUUUCCAGGAUUGCUCCCACGUUUUGAUCCUUUUCCAUUUGACGGCAACUUGGAGUUUUCUCCGCACGACGGGAUCUUCAGCUCCUGGAAAACCUGGGAUCCUGAGUUCCACCUGUUUCCGGACUGGCCUUCUAUAACAACCGCUCCACGGAUACACCUGUUCUGCAACGAGUCCCACCUGUCGGUGGAGGUCGAUAAGAGACUCGGUGGUGUCACGCUGGCCGCAGACGAGGUGCAGCUGGGCGACGACUGCUACAGCAACGGACAACGAGCCAAUCAGUUUGUUUUCAUCUACAGCGUCGAUGAAUGUGGAACUUCUCGUGCAUUGCAGGACGGCUUACUGCGGUUCCGCAACUCUCUUAGCUUAAACCUCCAAAAACCUCUGCCCUCCUCGGUGCAGAUCCCUUCCACUGUCCACAUUUCCUGUAUGCCGAGGAGGACCUACUUGAGGGCAGCAGCUCCAGAGGGGGGCAGGAUCUUCUACAUCAGAGCAAUGAAUCCGUCUUGGACAAAUGCAGCUGAAACCAGGGUCUAUAAAAGAGGCCAGGUCGUCAACGUCCAGGUUUCUGCCAGAACUGAACCCCGUCAGCAGCUCUUCAUCCAGAAGUGCUUCGUGUCGGCGUUCCCAAACCCCCAGGCCACGCCUCGGCAUGCGAUCAUCAUGAAUAAAGGGUGCACGGUCCCUCUGGGUUCUGUUCAUCCAGUCGUACGGUUUCUGCCGUCCGGCACAGCCGACGAGGUCAACUUUGUUCUGAACACAACUUAUUUAAUCUCUCAGCUGUACGUCCACUGUAGUGUCCUGGUCACAGACCAGAGUGUGGAUCCUGGUCUGAAGUCCUGCAACUACAAUCUGAUCCAGUCCAGAUGGGAGGACUUGGCUGGAGAUGUGCAGGUCUGCGAGUGCUGCAGUACAAAGUGUAAAGGACCGGCCGUCAGACAUCUGAUUGAAGGCCACAAAGCUACAGUCAGUACCGGCCCUUUUGUCAUUGUUGACAAAGACACGGAGAUGACGUCAGAACAUGACUUUUCUCGACCACCGCUGCCUUCCUCCGUUACUAGCUCCAAGUUGUCUGGUGCUGCUGUAAUGAGGGAAAACAAAGCUCCUGGUGGUCCGGGGUCCAGGCCGCUCGGCUCUCCACCCCAGGCUGUAGUGGUGAGGAAGCAGGAGCCGGUGGAGAAAGUGACCGUCUGGCUGCCUGGACAAGUGGAGGACACUAAGCAGAUGAACACAGUUAAGGUUCAAGACAUGGAGACGGUUCAUGUGAAGGAGAAGGACGUGUCAAAUGAUCUGCCACAGACCGCUGUGUCUCAUUGGCGUGAGGACAGUAACCAUGUUCACGCUCAAAACCAAUUAAACGCCGUGGCUCAUUUAUGGGACCUGAAUAUUCUUACGAUGCCUGAAGGAUGGCCAAUUCCGCCGCAGCCUGAUGAUGGACCUCUAAGACCCCGGUUUGGAAGAUCUGCAAUGUUUGGCUCAGAAGUUCCUGAGGUCCACCUCCUCCUGCCAGCUGACGUGGCUGACGUUGAUCCAGAUCUUAACGGUGAUCAAACGAGGGACGAAGACGCAAAAUGGUCCCAAGAAGAAAUAAAGGUUGACCCAGUCAUUCGUUCAAAACUGCAGUACUCCAGAGGUGAGGAUGGCACCCAGGUCCUGAGUUACGAGGAAGACGUGGUGAAGCAACAAGAGAGCAGAAGUACAACCAAGAGAUGUGGGAAGGAGAGGAUUAUGGAAAGACGAAAACCUCGGGGCAGACUGCAGUCGGCUUUCCUGGAUCUGCUGAGGAGGAUGGACAAAGCAGAGUAACGAGUGAUUUUGACAGUUUUAUGUUGUACUUAAAAAUAAAUAUUACCAGUAAGCAAUA